AUGGGCAGGCUCAUCAAGAAUCACUGGGCGCGACUAAUUAUCCUAACGGCCUCUGCCUAUCAAAUCGCAAGCGCGAUCGAGGGCUUCAUCUGGCCAAAAGUCUUCUGGGACUUCAUUUCGAAAAACCUUGACGCCGCCGUCUCUCCAAUCCCAGUCCUCCAAACUCUUAACCUACUCAUGGGUCUGAUCGGUUUGGCCUGGGAGUGGCCCUUGCGACCACUAGCCGGAUCAUUACCACAUCGAAGUAUCGAGAUUCGACUCGUCGUAUACCCUCUCAGUGCUCUGUUUGCAGCGCUGCUCUACCAAGGAACGGAUCCUGCGUUGUAUUACCUGAUUGGCAUUGGGGUAUAUUUUUGGGCUUACAGUGAAGGCGAGAUUGUUUGUCCAGAACCGUGGACAUUACCCAAACGAUCGAGGGUACUUAAAGCGUAG